AUGGGAGACUCCAGGAGGAAAGUCAACUUUCGUGACUCACCUCCCGGUGGGUCGCGAUCCUCGCGCCAGGCCAGCGACUCGGGCGUCGGGUCCCUGAGCGACCCCGCCAGCCCGCGGGCGACGGCGGCGCAGGUCACCGACGACCAGUGGAACGACCUCGAGUCCCUCCAGGAGGCCUACCGGAGCGUCUACAAGAACAAGGAGCACUGGAAGAAGAAGGCCAAGCAGUCGGACGAGGAGAUCGCCGAGCUGCGCAAGGCCCUCAAGGAGCGCGAGGCCUCGUGGCGCGGCGUCGUCGACCGCAACGAGCAGCUCGAGGACGAGAAGAAGAAGAUCCUCAAGGACAAGAAGUCGGCCGUCGAGAAGAGCAACGUCGAGCGCCAGCGCGCCGAGGAGGAGAAGGAGAACCUCGAGGACGAGAACAAGGCGCUGCAGGACGAGGUCGCGCUGCUCAAGCGCCAGCUCAAGGAGGCCCGCCGCGCCAGCUCGCCCACCACGAGCGGCGGCAGCGGCGGCGAGACCACCACCAAGCUGCACCGGUCGUCGAGCCGCCGGGACAGCGACAAGAAGCAGAAGGAGCGCCUCAAGGAGCGCUUCGAGUCCAAGAGCAGCACGAGCGAGGCCACGAGCGACGCCACCUCCCUCUCCUCCAAGGCGCCCUCGUCGUCGACGCGCGCCCGCCGCAAGAGCUACGUCGAGCCCUUCGGCCCCUCCUCGCCGACCAGGGCCCAGUACGCGACCUACACCACGACGCCCAUCGCCUCGCCGCUGUACGCCUACGCGCAGGAGCCCACCUUCUCCUCGGUCCCCCGGACGGAGCGCCCCACCAUCUCCGUCACCACCGAGCAGGCCGUGCCGGACUACUACGACGACUACCAGGAGCCGGCCGGCUACUACCCGCCGCCCCCGCUCCCGAAGCAGCACCACUCGAGCAGCCGGACCUCUCGCUAUCCGAGGUGA